CAUAUAAGCCUUACUCCAAAGGUAAUCGGUUUUAUGGAAUCCAGUUCUUCCACAGACCAUGCACAUGUAGAUGUUUUCUUGGAGGAUGCAUAUGUGUGUAAAACCUUUAAUGGGCCAUCCAUAUAAAUAAAAUUUGUAUCGCGGGAUCAACUUUAUCUAGACACUACUGGGAUUUGUGAAGCUGGGAGUGAUAACCCAAGAGGGAUUAAUUACCAUAGGACUAAAGCCUAUAUGUCCUGUUUCUCUACUGGAUCUGAUUAUUCUCUCUUUUACACUAUCUGUUCCAGGCCUGAUCAGCUGUGCUGAGUCCUUAGGUUUUGUGCUAUGAGUUGUUUCACCUCUCCCUAGCUCCCAUAUUAAGAGGACGGGGGUGCUCGUCAUACCUUUUAGGGGUUAAAAAAGCUGUUUGGGUGCCUCAAAAGGUCCACAGCAGGAGCUUUUUGGGUACUUUGUAAGGUAUUGAGCCAAACAAAUUUAUAGGAGAUAAUGUGUUGUUUUAGAGUUGGUAGCUCUUGUAGGGGUGAAGAAACAUUUCAAGCCAUGCCCACAAUACAGAAUCUUGGUACCUCUUAGGGGUUCUCUUCAAAAUUUCCGACGAGCAACCCCCGCCCUUUUUAUAUGGGAGUCACCCCAGUUUCAGUUCAGUUCAGUUUCAGUCCGGUCCCAGCAAGGUCACACUCAAAAUUAUUUCAGGAAAUUAGGUUUUUGCCAGAUAUAAGCUCAACCAAACUGUUAAUAAAUGUAUGCCCCCGCCUCUAAAAAAUACAAGCUUAUGAAACUUUGUUUUUUGGAGUUACCAAUGAGUCUAACAGCGAUUUUUUGAUCUCUUCAGUAUUUUAAAAAGCUUUAAGAGCUUAUCACGAACUUUUUGCUGGCCCUUUGUUGUAGCUCACUACAACACGUUGAACUUACUUUACAAUUUGCUAAUGUGAAAACAAGAUCGUCAAAAAGCAUAUACACGCUAAGGAUGUGGGCUUCUAUUACCUGUACGUGUCCUACGCAAGUAGUAAUAAACUAAUAAAAGUAAAUGAUUGACGACAUUUUUGUGUCCGCCUUGUCUUGCCGCUGGCAACGCCGCCAACGCGUGUUCGCGGGAAGCGAGGCGGGAAGCUGACAAUAUAGACCUUGGCGGGGUGGGGAUGGGAUAGCGGAAAGACAUUUUCAGCUUACCAAACAAAUUCUCUAUGUACAUCUAAAAGUGACGAAAUUAAUCCAUAUAUUUGUAAAAAAAUUUCGAUGAACGAGAUAUUGGAGACAAAAACUCCUGUCAAAAAUGCAUAUCAUCUCUUCCCAUUGUUAGCCCCCUCCCCUCCCCUCCCAUCUAGUAUCAACCAAUUCCAUGUGCCGGACUUGCCUGAACUCAUCCCUCGGGAGUCCCUUGUGUGUGUCGGGUCUUUUUACAGACCAUGUUAUUUCCUCUCUGAAGAGUACGAAUUGGCGGUGGAUCUAUGACAGAAACUGCGGAAGAGUCUCUUGAUGGGGAGGGGAGAAAUGGGCAACCAAAAGUUAAACGACUCAAAGCUGUAGAUGAUGUAGGUAUGACAUCCAGUGAUAACGAUGAAAAAGACAGUAUUUACGGUGCGCUUGUGGUUCUUGGUUACAAUGGUUCUCUACCCGAUGGAGGAGAACUCAAGCGUCGUCACCGAAGCUCAUAUAUUUUGAGAAAGAAAGGAUCCCCCUCAGGAGUGCAACCCUACAAAUUGCACCUGGCUUCUUCAAACACUGGAAUGCAGGUGUGUGCAGAUUAAUCGCACAUGUGUGAUUCCAGAAAAUACCCAUUACCAUUCAAUCAUGUAAGAUUUUUUAAUUGGUGUCCAGGCUUUCCCAACCACGUAGAGUUUUCACUACAUGAUUAGAGAUAUCUUCUUGUAAAUCAUUUCUCUUAGAUCAAUCACCUGGUUUCUGAUAUAAGUUUUACAGGCAAAAAGAAUAU